CCAACAUGGCGUCGAACUGUAUUUUCUUCAAGAAGGCGGGCAACCGUAAGAACGUUCGUAAACGCAAGAUUAGCGAGCCGGAGAAGAGCUCUUCGAGCGGAGAAGAUGACGAUUCGGUUGUUCGGAGAGAGGCCCCCAAACGGGGCAAACAGACGACAACUUCAAAGGUCGAGAAGGUGGGGGUAACAGUCGAAUUCAAGUCGGAUAGGUCGGCUAAACGCGAGGGACCGGACGAUAUGGGCGCUACAUCGACGUACGAUCUCGAUACGGAGAGAGACCGCGACGCGACGGCCAUCGAGAGAAAAGCAGCCGACGUGAACCGCGAAUUGAAAGGCAAGGAGGAGGACAGCUUGUACAGAGGGGUGAACAACUACCAGCAGUACUACGAGGCCAAGGACACGGCCGUGGGAAAUAUCGGUGGAGGGCAGAAAAAGCGCGGACCCAUCCGGGCUCCCUUGCACAUCCGCAAUACAGUGAGAUGGGACUACCAGCCAGACCUUUGCAAGGACUACAAGGAGACGGGAUUUUGCGGCUUUGGCGACAGCUGCAAGUUUCUACACGAUCGGACAGACUAUAAGAGCGGCUGGCAGUUGGAUCGAGAAUUCGAGUCAAAACAGUAUGGCACACAAGGAGUGAAAGACUACGAAGUACGUUCAAGUUCGGACAGCGAAGACGAUCUGCCGUUUGCCUGUUUCAUAUGCAGGAAGUCGUUUAGCAAUCCUAUCGUGACGAAAUGCAGUCACUACUUCUGCGAAAGGUGUGCAUUGAAUCAUUACAGAAAGUCGACUCGAUGUUUUGUCUGUGCACAACAGACCAACGGCGUUUUUAAUCCUGCCAAGGGCUUGAUGUCUAAGAUAAAGAAAAAACAAGAAGCUGCAGAUAAGAAAGCAGAGGAGACAGUUGGUGGGGAUUGAAUCAGACAGACCAAUAUUUGUCUUGCUGUACACACAAGAUGAGAUGGAAGAUCUAUGCAUAUGAUUGUAUAUAUUGAACUCUGUAAACAGUGGCAUUGAUACUAUCCGUAAGUACAUUUAAUGGAUUAUAAGUGUGAAGUAUGGCUGGAGUGAUGGGUUCUGAGUACAUGGAGAGUUUGUGUGUUUGUUUGUUUGUUUACCCGGGGAAGUCCUUCAUUCAGUCUGACAGACCGACAGUCCGUGGAGCCAUACCAACACAACACACUACAACCAGACAACAAAUUCUACUACUAAACACUAAUACUUUGAAGUACAUGUAAUCAAGUCUCUCUGCUGUAUGUCUAUAAGCUAUCUCGACACAACACUCUCUAGUAGUUGGUCACUGAGCAGUGCAAGCGGAGAAUGCUCGUUUCAUGAAGUUACUUCUCGGAGAUGGCAAAAGCAACGUUUUCCUAUUCCUCGUACACGACUUCAGCAAUCCAUUCGUCGUUUGAAAAAGUGGGAAAGUAUGAUGGAGAGGCUGCGGAUGCAUCUGAAUGUCAUUACAGCUUGGAAUAAUCCAAUCCUGGCCUCAUAUCUUGGCAAGUCUAAAGCCAUCAAAGGGGUCGUAUGUUCUAUGAAAGGAGCAGCAUUCAUGAUGAGUCUGGCUGCUUAUCCUUCGACUGGUUAUAGUUUUCUGAAACUAGUUUUAAUGCAGCUCCUCCACACAGUAGAAGCAUAGCAUACUCUAGUAGUGAACAAACGAGUGAUUUGAAAAACAGUAUUCUGGACUCACGAGUCAGUGUUUAGACAGAAUAGAGUAAUUAAGUGUGUUUUCUGUGUUGUGUGUUAUAGGAUUAUCUACGUAAUAGUUAGGGCAGUUGAGCCUUUGAGCAACCUGCUACAACUGGUUCAGAUGAGUUGAUGUACAACUAGGAAGCAGGGAUGCGGACUCCAUACUAUCAGUCUUGACAAUAUGGCCCAUGCUUAUCUACAGUCUACAGAAGCUCAUGGAAUGAGUCAGAAUGUACUAUCUCUAGCUCAUCUACAGUAGCUGCUGCAUACUAUCUUGCCUGUCUGCACUUAUACUGUCUACUUCUAUUGAUUUGCAUCAUGCAAGAGAUUGCCAUCAC